CUGGCCAGCGGCCAACGAUCCACAGACUCCAUCGGUGCCGGGGACCAAACGGCCCCGGGCUUCGGUCAUCCCAGCGAUGACGCUGCGCGCCGGCCGCUCGAGAGUAGAAACCACGGCUGGGAUGGGCGACUGCCCCCGUUCCUGAAGCGAGGCCCAACUGAGGGAACCUGUGCGCCACCAGUCACAGAGAGGCGGCCUGCCUGGCAGGGAAGAAGUGGCCGGCGCAGAGCUCGCACGCCACCAGAGGUGACGCGGCUCUCGCCUUCCACAUAG